AGAUAAAACAUUUUCUUGGUCCAAGUUUGCAGGUCUAUGUGAUUCUAUUGUAGGGCUUCAAUUGCCCUGUUCAAAAGCUUGGGAAGAAGUUGACCAUGUUUGUAUGCCAAUUUACAUUAAGACGCAGAUGCAUUGGAUUCUAGCUAGAUUUUGUAUUAACGAUUGGUGCAUAUAUGUUUAUAAUUUCAUGGUCAAUCCAAGGGACAUAGCUCAUGCUACAAAUGCUGUUAAGCCAUAUACUGUGAUUCUGCCUUUGUGUUUUAGACACAUGGACGACUUUUCUAAACGUGCAGUGGAUGUUAAUAAGAACUUAGAUGUGAAAUUCAUGACUAACUUGCCUGUUCAAGAAUCAGCUGACUGUGGGGCUUAUGUUGCUGCUUUUGCUGAAUACUUCAUUGAUGGCAUAGAGAUUCCUCCCUUUUUGGAUAUUGAGCUAUACAGAUUGAGGCUUGCCUAUUUUCUUUAUCAGUAUGGAGUGUCUAAGCUUAAUGGUGAAGUGCAGAGUGAUGGUGAUGAAGGAAAACGUAAGCGCAAGCGCAAGAAGCUGAAGAAUUAGAUAGAUGUAGUUAUGAGUAAUCUUUGUAUUGUAAACAUACUUUUG